AUGUCUGCCAAUUACUCUCUGCUCGCCAUCCCGGCGCACUGGUUCAUCAGCGUCGUCCCCCACGCCUACGCCAUGCGGCUUAUCAAGGGCGCGACCAACGGGCGCUGGAACAACGCCAACCCCACCGGGUCCGCGUGGAAGACGGAGAUGCAGCGCUCGGUGCCGGCGGACGUCCUGGCCCAGUUUGAGCGCGCCGAGGCCGCACACCGCAACGGCUUCGAGAACCUGCCGCUCUUCGCCGCGGCCGUCCUCAGCGGCCACGUCGCCGGCCUGGACCGCGGCACCCUGGAUACGCACGCCGCCGCGUACCUGGCGCUCCGCGUCCUGUUUACCGUGCUCUACAUCAACACCAGCAAGCUUAAGACGAGCUACCUGAGGUCGCUUGUCUGGACUGCCGGUGUGGGAAUCUGCAUCUCGCUGUUCGUACAGGCGGGAUUGAAGGCGUAG